AUGAAGACAGUCAAAAAGCUUCCGGCCAUGCGAAAGAAGCCAGCCGCGGGUGAGCCGGCCAUCCGCAAGAAGCCUGCCUCUUUCGCGCCCAGCCAGUUUUUGAGGCAAGAGCUCCAUGGCUGUGCUCCCAUGCGCUUGCCCAACAACGUCAUGCAGGUGGCUUCGGAUUGCUCCGGGCUUUGUCCGGAAGGCUUGGCUGCGCAACUGGCCACGCCUGGUUUUGGCUUUGAGAUCGAGCACGUCUUUGCAUCGGAGAUCUGCCCCAAGAAGCGGUCUUACAUCAACACCGUCAUUAAGCCGAAGGUUCUGAGUCCCGACAUGAAGGAUGCUUCAGGGAAGGAAGCCAUGCGCGGAGUGCACUUGUGGUGCUGCGGCUUUCCGUGCCAGCCGUGGAGCUGUGCAGGGAAGCAGAAAGGUUCGGAGGAUGAAGACCGUGGAAACUUCUUUGGCGACAUUUUCGACCGCAUCUCCGAGAGCAAACCUUCGUGUUUUGUCCUUGAAAACGUCCCUGGACUGCCCGACUCAUUUCCAACCGAGUUCGGUGACCUCCUGACCGUUCUUCGUGGCAUCAAUGAAGGUGCCUACAACGUGAUGUGGGACACAUUGCGCGCAGACCUCCACGGUGGAAUUCCACAGAAUCGCAGCCGUUUGUACAUCGUGGGCAUCCUGAAGACAACCCAGAUACAUGAUUUUACGUUUCCAAUGCCGGUCAGCUGCACCUUGACACUGACGCAAAUCCUCGGACCUCGAGCUCCCGAUCCUCUGCCAGAUCUCCAACGCAAGACCGAGGACAAUUUUGGCCGCGUUCUUUGCAAGACCGUGCAGAAGAACCUCAAGCGAUUCGACAAGAAGAAGCCCACCCUCAAAUGGACCGACGACCACAUCAUCGAUACAGGUUCAAGUACUGGGCAUGCUAUGGAGGGCGCUUGCCCCUGCUUGACGCACAGCCGCUGCAUCAACGAGCACGGCUACUACUCUGUGAUUCGCGAUCGCUUCUUGAAUGCAAAUGAUUUUCUUCGGCUGCAAGGGUACCCAGACAAGCAGCACGCGGCAAUGCUGAAGGGCACAGACGAGAAAACAUUGAGGGGAAUGCUGGGCAAUGGUAUGUGUGUGACUGUUCUGAGCCGUCUUCUGCGGCAAAUCUUUUUGAGUCAGGGACUUGUGUAUGCGCGCUGA